AUGUCUUCCGCAUCUCAGAAUCUCCAGAAAUCCGCGUCGCUUGCGACCGCAUCUCGGAAUCCGCCAGAAACCAACGCUGAAGCGGAGAGCGCCCCGGUUCAUCACAAGACUUCACCGCUAAAAGGAGGUAUCGCCUCUCGCCAACAGUUCUCAGCGACAAAUCCUACCGGAGAGAACUUGGAUCGAAACCGCAAGGACCUCGCAGGCGACAUGGAGAACCAUCUCGCAGAGGUCACUGACGAGGAAUUCUUACGUAUGUUUGUCCCUGGGGAUGACCCUACGCCUAAAGAGCAACAGAAGUUCUUGAGCUUCGACGAAGAAAAGCUCAAGCUCGCAGAGCCUGACAUGGGCAGAGAAGUUAUCCGUGUAUCUAAAUCGAUACUUGGUAGCCACGAAGGGAAUGAUCUUGAAGCAAGGGAUACAUCUUACUGGCCCGAUCCUACUGAUACGAAGGGCAAGAAAAGGCCCGACGUCGUGAUUUAUCCGAAAGGUGGCCAGGCCUCUCGGGAGUAUACGCUGACGGAGAAGAACUCGAAAGACAAGAAGAAAGGCAAGACGACGCUCGCUGACUACGACAGCAAUGGAGGGGAUAAAGCCGCGAAUUUCGACGCCGAUCAAGGUGAAGCGCCAGUCACUCUGCAAGAUCAAGACCAGCAUCUAGCCAGAGUGCGAUGGGCUUGGAUGUGUGUCCCCAUCGAGCUCAAGUCUAAAUCUUCACGGUCAGCAUUUCCACUAGGCCAACAGAUUUUUUGUAAUGGUGGCGAUGAGAGUCGGGCUGCAAGGGGACAACUUGCUGACUAUGCGGCUCGGAUUCUGCGGCGCCAGCACCGUACAUUUUGCUUCAUGAUAACUGUGACAAGGACCGAAGCGCGACUCCUUCGCUGGGACCGAGCCGGCGCUGUGGUCACCAACAGCUUUGAUCUCACUGAUGCAGACAAGGCGCGCCCGCUAUACAUCUUUCUCUACCGACUGAGCAAGAUGACUCCCGAGGAACGCGGCUACGAUCCCACGGUGGUGCCCGCAACGGAUGAAGAGAAGGAACUCAUGCGAGAUCGUAAGGAUGCACUACCUGAGGGAGACUACCGUCGGAAACGUCUCGAGGUAGCGAUGAAGCCUGGCUGGCCCAUCUACAAGGUAAUGAUACCCCAAAAGGCCGUGGUCUCUGUGAACGCCUGGCGCGCUGUUGGUGAAGCAAAAGCGGCGGCGUCUGCGUCCGCAGGUCCACCUGCAACAGGUGAAACUUCUGUUCCCCCGCCUUUUUAUUCAGAGCACACAUCGCCGCCUUCUGAAGACAAGAAUUACCGUUGUUUCUUAAUUGCCGGCGAUGACUUCUCGAGCGAUUCCCCCAUCGGUCGCGGCACUCGAGGAUAUAUUGCGUAUGACAUGGAAACUGGGAGGUUUGUCUACCUGAAAGAUGCCUGGCGUGCUGCAUCUUCCAACUCGGAGAUCAAGACUUACCAACAGUUGCACGAAAACCUCGUGUGCUUCAUCGCGACUCCUAUUUGUGGCGGUGAUGUCAUCGAAAGCGACGACAAUCUGCAGCAAACCCGAACUCAAGAGGUCCUUUCCACAAUAUCUAGGCACAUACACUGCCGUCUCGUCGUUGAAGAGAUUGGCAUCCCCAUUUUUGACUAUCCGACCGGUCGGAAUCUGGUAGCUGUCAUGUUGGACACUCUUCUAGCUCAUGAAGCCGCAUGGGAAAGAGCCAACGUAAUGCAUCGGGAUAUCAGCGCUGCAAACCUUCUCAUGCUUCCAGACCCCGAAUCAACUGAGGAGAUCAUCAUGAGUGGCUUGUUAAUUGACUGGGAUCUUGCCAAGUACAGAAAUCAACUUGAGAAAGGUUCAAUAGACACCCGCUCAGGAACAUGGCAAUUCAAGUCUGCGUUGCUCCUCAGAAGACCUGGUAUGAAGCAGCAUGAAGUAUCGGACGACUUGGAAUCAUUCAUGCACGUCCUCACGUGGCUUUGUCUGCGCUUUCACAAACACGAUAAUUCGCAAGGUCUGCAAGGCUACGUCACUUCGUUGUACGAUUCGGCAAGUAGAAACCCGAAAACAAAGCUCAUGGAGGGAGGCCAGAUGAAGAUGAAGUUCAUCUCGGAAGGCGUCUCCUUCGUGGAUCUAUCAGAACGAUCUCUACUGAAAACCCUCGUGUGCACCCUUGCUCUGCUUUGUAAGCAACAUUAUGCCGCGAUCGACCUCACAGGAUAUCUGGACAAGGGAGCUGAUGCUAUCGAUGUUCGGUACUUACGCAAGGAACGCAGAAGGGUCGGAUACCGGAAAGACGUGAAGGCGGUGGACAUAUUUCGACUCAGACCGGAAGACACGGCUUCGAAGUCUGCUCAACUAUACCUAUCCACCCACGAACAUUUCUUGAACGCGUUUUCGGAUGCAGUGGACAUGGAAGGUUAUUUCCCAGAGAAAGUGGAGGACCAGUUCAGGGCGUUCGAGAAGAGCUCCGCUGGGGAUCACGUUGUGCGAUCGAGCCUUCCACUGGAGAGUACGGGAUCGAAACGAGCUUCGAGAGAGAGCACCGCAGACCCCGAGCGCCCAGCUGCGAAGAAGCGUAGAACAUUGUCGCGGAAGAAGGGUAAGAAGUUGUGCACCACCAAGAAGCGACUUUCCGCAGUUGUGGAGGACCGUCGAUUGAGAGACGUCCUUGCGCCAACCGCAGAAGGGUCCCAGGCUGCAAGGGAAGGCACAGUGGCAACCGAAGAAGAUAUUGAGUCGGGAGACGUGGGCUACGAUGCGACCUCCGAGGACAGCGGCGACGAGGACUACGAUGACCCGAACGACAAGUCUUACGUUCCGGGAAGGCGCAUCCAGUGA